GUUUAAUUCUAUCUACACUCAACCUAGUUCACACCAUACUCAAAAAUCCCAUUAAAACCUUACAUCCUGAACCAUGGAGUAUUCUACCGAUACUCUUUUCAGUUUCCAGUUCUCGGCAACCAAUAUGGUUAUUAGUCUCUUUGCUUUUGCUCUCUACUAUUUGUUAGUAUGGAGACCAAAUACAAAAUCUUCUCUUAAGUUCAAAAACCAGGCACCGGAACCAGCUGGUUCUUUGCCCUUCAUCGGUCAUCUCCAUCUAAUCGACCGAUCAAACCCACAACACGUAGCUCUAGGAGCCAUGGCUGACAAAUACGGACCAGUUUUCACUGUUCAAAUUGGUGUACACCCUACACUAGUAGUGAGCAGCUGGGAGGCAGCAAAAGAAUGUUUUACUACCAACGAUAAGAUCUUUGUUUCCCGACCACGCCAAGCGGCAGGGAAAUAUAUCGGCUACGAUAAUGCCAUGUUAAGGUUCUCUUCCGAUGGACCAUAUUGGACUGAAAUUCGUAGAAUAUUAAAAACUGGACUUCUUUCCAAUAAUAGGCUCGUGCUGGCAAGAAAAGUAUGGGAAUCUGAGAUUGAUGCAUCCAUUAAAGAACUGUACGAUGCAAACUGGAGUGUUGGCAACAUCAAAGGAGCUCGACGAGCUCCAGCUUUGGUUGAGAUGAAGCAAUGGAUUGGUGAUCUAACUCUUAACAUGUCUUCUAGGAUGAUUGCAGGGAAGAGAUGCUUUGGUGCUGCUACCGACCCAGAAGCAAAGAAGUGUCAAGAGGGAUUGAGAGGCUUUGUUAAAGUAAUGGGUCAGAUGACGCUGGGGGACUCGAUACCGUUUCUCGGAUGCUUGGAUUUGGACGGCCACGAGCGAGAGAUGAAGCGAGCUGGAGAGGAUCUGGACCGUAUAUUAAGCGGAUGGUUGGAAGAACACAAAAUGAAGAGAUCAUCAGGCUCAUCCUUAACAGACGAGAAGGACUGGAUGGAUCUGAUGUUGUCAGUGCUCGAGGAAAAUUCAAAGCUAAAUGGUUACUCUGACGCGGAUACCAUCAACAAAGCUACAUGUCUGGAUCUGUUGCAGGGUGGUAGCGUCUGGACAAUGUUUACUAUACUAUGGGCCGUCGCUUUACUAGUAAAUAAUCCUCAUGUACUGAAGAAGGCUCAUGAGGAGUUGGACAACCAUGUUGGCAAGGAAAGGCAAGUGGACGAAUCUGAUAUCAAGGACCUCGCAUACAUCCGAGCUAUAGUUAAGGAAGCUAUGCGUCUAUAUCCAGUGUCUAUGCGUCUACUUGAAUCCACCGAGGACUGCACUGUUGCUGGAUACGACGUUCCGGCAGGGACCCGAUUAGUCGUGAACACUUGGAAGAUUCAACGUGAUCCACGAGUCUGGUCAGAUCCAUCAGAAUUCCGCCCUGAGAGAUUUCUUACCAGUCCCCAUAAAGAUAUAGAUGUUAAGGGUCAACACUUUGAACUCACACCUUUUGGAUCCGGUAGAAGAUCUUGCCCUGGAACUUCUCUGGGUCUUGAAAUGGUGAACAUGACAAUUGCUCGUUUGGUUCAUGGAUUCGAGUUGAAAACACCUUCAAACGCACCUGUUGAUAUGACCGAAGCAGUUGGUUUUGCCAAUAUGGUUAAAGCCACGCCACUUGGAGUUGUGCUCACCCCACGCCUCCCUAAGGAACUCUAUGUUUAAUAGUUGCGAGAUCGAGAUGUCUAUGAUCGCAUAAGGAAUGUGAAAUAUGUACAAAAUGGAUUCUGCAUCAGGGCCUAAAGGACAUCUAAUAUUCACCAGCGUGGAAAUCAAUUUAGUACUUGUAUUACCAUACUUGAAUCUCUGAAGUGUGAUGGGUUUGCUUGAUUGAACAAAAUAGAAGAAUGGAGUGUUUGCUUUUGCUUGUCUGAGUGUGUGUACAGUAUGGACCAACCUCUGCCUUUGUUUAUUUACUAUCUGGAAAUCUUAGUCAAAGUCAUGUGUCUGAUUAAGUUGCUAUUGUAAGUUGAAUAAUAAAGUAAAAUAUGGAAGCUUACUUCAACGGUUGAACC